CACGUCGUCGUCCUCGGCCACGUGGACGCGGGCAAGAGCACGCUCAUGGGCCGCGUGUUACACGCCGUCGGCGCCGUGGACGAAAAGACGCGGCGCAAGCACGAGCGAGACGCGACCGCGGCGGGGAAAGGCUCGUUCAAGUGGGCGUGGGCGCUCGACGAGCGGCCGGAGGAGCGCGCGCGCGGGGUCACCGUGGACGUGGCGCAGGCGGCGUUCACGACGGGACGCACGGAGGUGACGCUGUUGGACGCGCCGGGGCACAGAGAUUUCGUGCCAAACGCCAUCGCGGGCGUCAGCCGCGCGGACGUCGCGCUGCUCGUCGUCGACGCGUCGCCCGGCGCGUUCGAGAGAGGGUUCCAGGGCGGCGGGCAGACGCGAGAGCACCUCGCGCUCGCCGCGAUGGCGGGGAUCGCGAGCGUGAUCGUCGUCGUGAACAAGAUGGACGCGUGCGGAUACGACGAGGCGCGGUUCGAAGAGAUCAAGCGCGCGCUCUCGCCGUUCGCGAAGAAUGCGAAUUCGAUUUCGAACGACGCCGGGAUCGCCGGGAUCGCCGGGUUCGGGCACGGUUCCGGGUUCGCGUUCGAACACGUCGCGUUCGUCCCCGCGUCCGGGAUCGACGCCGCGAAUCUCGUCUCCCCGGAGGCGCCGCCGCCGCCGGCGCUGGCCGCGUGGUGGCGCGGGCCGACGGUGUGCGGCGCGAUCGACGACGCGCCCGUCUCCUCCUCCGCCGCCGCCGCCGCCGGCGGCGGCGGGCUGGGACCGACGCGCUUCCCCGUCGCGGACGUCAUCGCGGACGGAGGCGGCGGCGGCGGAAGAGGCGCGAGGGCGACGAGCCUCGGCCCCGCGGCGGUCGGCGGCAAGCUCGAGCGCGGCUCUCUUCGCGUAGGGCAGCGGCUGCUCGCGCAGCCGUCGGGCGUCGCGUGCGUCGUCAGGCGCGUUCUAUACACUGGUCCCCAUACGACCGCGGCGGUCGCGUACCCGGGCGACGCCGUGGACGUGGGCCUGGACGGGAUCGAUCCCGCGUGCCUCGCGCCCGGGAGCGUCUUGUGCGACCCGGCGUUUCCGCUGACGCCGGCGGCGAAGAUUCGCGCGGAGAUCUUCGUGCUCGCGGACGUCCGCGUGCCGAUACUCGCGGGGACGACGGUCGGCCUGCACUUCAACGGCGCGCGGUGCGAGGCGUCCGUGUCGUCGCUGGUGUCAUCUCUGGACGCGACCACGGGGGAGACGGUGAAGACCCGGCCGCGGUGCCUGACGCGAGAGACGCGCGCGGUGAUCGAGCUCGUCCCCGAGCGACCCGCGUGCGUCGAGCGCGAGGCGGACGUUCUGGCGUUGGGACGCAUCGCGCUUCGGAGGAACGGCGCGACGGUGGCCAUCGGGAUCGUCACGGAGACGUGGGGGGAGGACGAACUGCGCGCGCUCGAGAAGGAGAAGGAGAAGGAGGCGGCGACAAACUGA